AUGUCCGCUAGCGGACUCGCAAUUCUCAUCGGCGCUGGACCCAACACGGGCACAGGCAUAGCCCGCAUCCUCUCCUCACCCGCCCACGGCAACCUCGCCGUUGCCCUUCUUGCCCGGCGUCCCGAAUCCCUCUCAUCCGUAAUCUCGACAAUCCGCUCCACCUCGCCGGAUGCCGUCCUCGAAGCCUUUCCCUCGGACACGUCCAAAGCCUCCAUCGAAAAAGCGUUCCAGGAGAUAAAAUCGCACAAGAGCUUCUCGGGCCUGAAAGCCGAAGUCGCAAUCUACAGCGUGAAGCACUCGUCCAAAAAGCCGUUUUUGGAGGAAACGAGGGAGGAGUUUGAAGGCAGUUUGGAGGAGUAUGUUGGUGGCGCGUUUACGUUUGCGCAGGAGAGUGUGAAGAGGUUUUAUGCGGAUCAUGGGGAGGAGGCGUUGAGUGUGGGUGGGGAGAAGAAGGGUACUCUCAUAUUUACCGGUACACUCGGUGCGCUACGAUGCAAUGCGCAAUUCGCCGCGUAUGGGGCUGGCCGCGCUUCUGUCCGACAGCUGGCGCAGACGCUCGCGAGGGAACUCAGCGAGAAGGGCGUGCACGUCGUGCAUACGAUCGCCAACGGCGCUAUCGAGGAUAAGGAUGGCGAGGACCAGAAGACUGGUAAGAAGAUGAGUGCCGACGCGGUGGGCGAGACGUAUUUGUGGCUGCACAACCAGAAGCCAUGUUUGUGGACGCAUGAGUUGGACAUGCGGCCGGCUGCGGAGAAGUUCUAG